AUGUCUGAAACUGCUCAAGCAAAGCGACCUGCAGCAAGUAAGGCUGUUAAAAGAUCAAAGAAGUACUGGAGGAAAGGAACGAACGUACAAGAGUUUGAAGAAUUUUUACAAGACAAUGCUACUCAGAAGAAGCAUGUAGGAGUUGUAAAUGAGUUACCUGACGCAGAUUUGUUUGUCGUUGAUCGUGUUCCUAUGGAUCCACCCCAAAAGUUCACUAGAAGACAGCAGGCAUCAUUGGACAAAAUAUCACAAAGCCUAAACACAAUUGAAACUCCAACUUUCCCUGAGCCGAAAGCACCUUCACGAAAAUCCCUACGUAAGAAAAAAGUGGAAAUAUCUUCCGCUAUUCCUGUCAAGAAAUCAAAAAAUGUAAAAGACUUUGAUGUAUGGGAGAAGGAUUUCAAUCCCAAAUUAACAUUGGAACACAAAGAAGCUGAACUUCAUUACUUGAAAUACACCAAAAAAACAUUACCAAACGCCACUGUUUCCGUGACUAAGAAAACGUCUCUUCUUAGAGCUGUUACUCUUCCUGACGCUGGAGCUUCAUACAAUCCUACAGCUGAAGAUUACGCGAAUUACGUAGGCGCUAUCGCCAAAGAAGAAAGCAAGUUGAUUCAAAGCGAGGAACAUGUAGAGAGAAGCCUUCAUCCACCUGGUCAGGUUAUGGUUACCUCGAAAGAGCAAGAGCUCGAAAUGUGCCAAGGGUUAUUCUUGCAUCCUGAUUAUAAUUCGGAAGACGAAAAGGAAACAGUUGAACUUAAGGAAUCAGAAGAUAAAGUAAUAGUCUCUGAAACAAAAGCCAAAACUAAAAAACAACGUAAAACCGCUGAGAGAGUUAAGAAAGAAGAAAGACACCGCUUGAGAGAAAAGGCGAAGGUACAAGCAGAGCAUGAUGUAUUCAAAGCCAAGAAGUACAUGAAAGAGAUCAGCAAAAAGGAAACUGAGAUAGCUAAAAAAUCAUUUGAAAAGAAGCGUGAUAAGUUCAUGAAGAAGUAUACUGAAAGACAAAUGGUAGGAAGAGGAAAGUUCGAAGAAGAAGAUACACCAUUUUUAUUACAAGAAGAAUUGCCGCAAUCUUUGAGACAAUUGAAGCCUCAAGGUAGUGUAUUAACUGAUAGAGUGAAGAGUUUGCAGAGAAGAAAUAUGCUUCCUAUCGGAGAGAAACGUAAUGUUCGUAAAUUGAAGGCGAAGCUGAAGGUCAAGAGAGUUGAAGGACGUGAGGCAAAAGAAAUUGUUAGAGGAACCAAAUUGGUUCAUACCUAA